AUGUACAAGCUGGUAAUAUUCGCCGCCCUCCUCGCCAUCACGGCCGCUAAGCCUGGCAUUCACUCCGUAGCCUACCCAGCACCUUUGGCAUACACAGCACCGUUUGCAGCUGCCUACACGGCUCCCGUUGCUGCUGCAUACACUGCACCUGUCGCAGCCGCGUACACAGCCGCUUACACCGGUCCUGUUGCAGCGUCAUAUGCAGGUCCUAUUGCUGCUGCCUAUACUGCCCCUGUUGCCGCCACGUACUUUUAA